CCAAUUUAUUCGACUACGCUGUGGUCUAGGAGAGAAGGAGGCGUGGCGUUUCAACUACGUCCUGUUUGUUAUUGACGUUUCUUGGCGUUUUGUCAUAUAUGUUUUGUUUUGAAUGGAAAGGGGGCACAAGUGUCAAAGUGAUUACAGAUAAAUUAUAUUUUUUUAAUUUUCCAUAUCUUCUUUGUCUCAUCAACCACAUAGUGUGCGAGUGUAUUGUGCUCAAUUCAAAAUGAAUAAUCAUCGAUACAUAAAAUCUACAAACCCCUUCGAAGAGGACGACAUCGACGAUGAACUAUUCCUCAGAAAUUCUAGACGAUCAACGUCCAGUAUGAACAUGCAACCCACUUUAGAUGAACAAAUGCAGUCGUUCGCUGAAAAGAAAAAGGCCAUAGAAGAACGAACUAUCAGCAGCACUGAUAAAAGCAUAAACAUAUUGAGAGAAUCUGAGCAAAUAGGCAUAGCUACUGCAGAAGAAUUGAUGCGACAGAGAGAAAAAUUAGAGAAAACUGAUAAGCAGCUGGAUGAAAUCAACGCUACAUUACGGUUUUCUCAAAAACAUAUAAAUGGAAUUAAAUCUGUAUUCAGCAGUUUGAAGAAUUAUAUGUCUGGAAAAAAUGAUGUUAGUCCAUCUACAUCUAGUUCUACACCAAGUACUGUUAAACAAUCCACAUCAAACCCAAACUUGGACGAAAAAUUAUCAACAUAUGAUCGUUAUGAAAAUCACCCCGCUACUAGAUUGCAAGACAACUACUCUAGAGACUACCAGAGUUCAUCAGGCAGCAAAGACUUCAGUGCGCGUCUAGAUGCGAAUCUCCAGGAAAUGUGCAACAAUAUUUCACGUCUGAAAGGACUUGCUAAUGAUCUAGGAGAUGAAAUUUUGACACAGAAUGAUCUGAUAAGCAACAUUAUAGACAAAACCGAAAAUGCUGAUAUGACCAUCAAUAAACAGAAUAAAGAUAUGUCAAGGAUAUUAAGAAAGUGAAUGGAGGUAGCAGUAAAUAAAUCCAUUAUUUUCAUAAUGCUUUCAGGUCAUGUAAUCAAAUGUCAAUAUGCUUGAAACUUUUUCUGAUAACGAAUAUGAUAACACUAUGAAAAACUAUUUAUGCAUGUAGAGACCUGGAAUUUUGGAUGCAGUCUUGGUCUGAGAUAAAAUAUUCAGUGAUGUUAAAUCGGUCACGUCACUCUCAUUUGGAAUCAUUGUGGAUGGUUCCAUAAAAUUAGAGCACUCAGACAAUUGUUUCCUCAUAUUUGCAUGGCCUAAAGCAUACAAAAAUAUCAAUAGCUCCGAACGUACGUUCCAUUUCAUGUUUUUAUCAAUUUUUAAUGUUUAUUGUAUCAACACUGUAAAUUAAGGGGUGUAGCAAUAAUAGAUGUUGCACGUGUAUGUACAUAAUGCUGAAAUAUGAGAAUGUAAAUCAAUAUUUAUGCUGCAUGUAUGUGUGAAUAAAAAUCCUAUGUCAUAGUAUAUAAAAUUUAUUUUUUCAAUGUAUUAAUUGUAUUUAAAAUGCUAUUGUAAUUUUAAGGUCUGUUCAUUAAUAAAUUGAAUACAUUCUGUUUUA